CAAUCGGUUUUCCUCCGCAGACUGAUGCUAAAAUCAAAUGUGAUGAAGUAUCUACAGCACUCAAAAGGCAUAAACCAGUCGGAUACAAUGCUACCAAAAAAUGUCUUGAGAGCUUUCCUUUUAAUGAUAAAUUCGCUACCAAAACAGUCGAUCUUACGUUACAUCACUUGAAAAGCUAUUAUGUUUUCCUUGAUCGAGCCAAAAACGAUCCACCAAAUGGAUUUAUUUAUCAACCAGUAGACCUAGAAAAAGAAUUAAAGUCAUUACGUACAAGACCUUUUAAAUCGGAUUAUGACUUUUUGGUUUUCAACGACACAUUAGAUCCAUCAAAUAAUGACUGUGAAGUUGUUGAAAUUGAGGGGAAACCUGCCUUACAAGUGAUAAUUGAUUUUGCAGAUCAUAACAUUGCAUAUUCAAAAGAUCGGGGUGUUCGAUUCAACAUGGCUUUGGCUCCUUGUAUAAAUAUAUUUUCACAACAAUUUACUUUACGAGAAGAUUUACCUGAAACUUCUAGUAUCACAUAUAAAUUAACAUGUCCAAAAAAAAACAACAAAAAACCUUUUAAAUUAGAAAGGUUAUGGAACAUUACAUAUAAAAAUGGAUUUGAUCUUUUCAGUAACUUUUGUUUAGAUCAAAAUAACAUUACUGCUUUUUCGUCUAAUGAUAAUUUUGCUCCAAAUACAACGACAUCGAACAAAAAACUCGCACAUGCGAGAUUAGUAGCGGAUGAUUUUUACUUAUUAGAUGAUGGGAACAAAGUUGGUGUUGUAGUAAUUACUGAAGAAAAAGAAUUCAUUGAGAGUGUAUUAAUAGAAGGUUUUAAAAAAUUUAAAAAACUAGGUGUCAAAAAGAUUAUUUUAGAAAUGUCAAAUAAUCCUGGUGGACUACUUACUGUAUCUCUAUUCUUGACUUCUUUACUACUUUCACCCGAGCAACCCAAUUCGUUUCCAACGGACAUAAUUAUUAAUAAUUUUACUAUUCCGAACAUAAAAGACAAUUUUAAACACCAAAGUUCUGAUGAAGAUUUUUAUAACCCACAUUUUUAUUUGAAAUUUCCUGACGGUGAUAAAUUUACUUCUGCUGAAGAUUUUAUAGGAUCUCUAAAAAAUCAGAGAUCUAGCUUAUACCUUAAUGCUUUAACAUCUGAUGAAAAGGAAUUACUCAAUAAUACCUCUUUUCCAUGGACUAGUAAUGAUAUCAUCAUUAUAACUAAUGGUUUUUGUGCAUCUGCAUGUGCGUUAACCACCAUGUUUUUUUCUGAAAUUCAUAAUGUUAAAACAAUUGCCGUUGGUGGUCUUCUUGAUACUCCGAUGUCAUAUUCCACUUAUCCUGGUGGUGAGGUUACAUCACCUGAAGUUAUCGCAAGCGAUGCUGGCGAUAAAAGUCCUGAUCUUCCAGGAAUAAACGCGUUUACUCUUGCUGUGAGAGAAGCUUACGAAUUUGUCAAAAAUGGUACCAAAAAAAAUAUAAUCGUAAAAGAUGUAUUAGAAUAUACAUAUAAACCUGCUGAUCAUAGACUUUACUAUGAUGAAAAUAAUGCUAAGGAUCUUAGCUUAUUAUGGCUUAAAGCUUCUGAAAUUUUAAACAGCAAAUCUUA